GGAGUCUUGCUCUGUCCCCCAAGCUGGGGUGCAGUGGCACAAUCUUGGCUUACUGCAACCUUCACCUCCUGGGUUCAAGCGAUUCUCCUGCCUCAGACUCCCGAGUAGCUGGGACUACAGGCACGAGCCACCAUGCCUGGCUAAUUUUGGUAUUUUGAUGUUUUCCACUCAUCUUCACCAACCAGCCUACUUCCCCUAAACCUAAGGUUUCACUCUAGCAGGAACUACCAUCUGUGGCAUGAGAUCCACUGAACCAAUUAGUGGCUUUCAAGCCUCUUCACCUUAAGCAGUAUUUGUUAUUUAAAAGUUCCCUAGCAACUAGAAUGGGUGGGGGUGAAAGAUCCAAGAAGAGGCACAGAAUUUUCUUUUUUUGAGACAGGACCUUGUUCUGUUCCCCAGGCUGGAGUGCAGUGGCAUCAUCAUGGCUCACUGUAGACUUGACCUUCUGGGGCUCAAGUGAUCCUCCCAGCUCUGCCUCAUGAGAAGUUGGAACUGCAGGCUCUUGCCAUCAUGUCCAGCUAAUUUUUUAUAGAGACAGGUCUCAGUUUGUUGCCCAGGCUCUACAGCCCAGGUUGGUUUCGAACUCCUGGCCCCAAGUGAUCCUCCCACCUCAGCCUCCCAAAGUGUUGGGAUUACAGGUGUGAACCAUCAUGCCCUGCCCAGGUAGAGAAUUUUAGAUGGACUCAGUCCAUUGAAGCUCAGUCCAGGUUUGAUUGUCGUCCUUCUGUAGGGCAAUAGGCCCUGUACUGAGAACUGAACGUCGGUGUAAGGAAGGGAUCCGUAUUAGCCUUAAAUUCAAUUCCCUUAUCUCAGUGUUUUGAAGUUUCUCAGUAAUUCUGAGUAUUGAUGAAAUAGUCUUCAUCUAAAACAUGGUAACAUAAUUCAGCUGAUAUGCUUAAAUUCCACUUCAACAGUCAGAGGCUGAUGGGCAAUUAUGAAAAAGGCUCUUGUUAUUGCUAGUUGAAAAAAAAUGGGUCAGAAGUCAGGUGUGGUGGCCUGUACUUCUGGUCUCUGCUACUCCGGAGACUGAGGUGGGAGGAUGGUUCAUCACAGCUCACUGUAGCCUUGACCUUCCCGAGCUCAAGUGAUCCUCCCAGCUCAGCCUCCUGAGUAGCUGGGACUGCGGGCUCAUGCCAUUCAUUUUAUUGAGGCUGCAGUGAGCCAUGAUUGCACUGCUGCACUCCAGCCUGGACGACAGAGCGAGAGUGUCUCAGAAAAAUUUUUAAAAAGGGUAUUUCAUUAAUAGAGGUAGUAUGACCCCCUGAUCACUUGAAGACAGCAACAGACGGACCUUCUUUAGUCAUGAUCUACUUAGCCAAUAGAACAGUUACACUCACUUGCAUAAUCAGUUGCAUGGCCAACUUUGCACUAAUUCAUUUGGUCACAAAUAUACACAAUCAAAUUAAGGCUGAACGUAAAUUUAAACUUCACUUUUGCUUUCUUCUCCCCUCCCCCACCAAAAGGUCCAUGGUCCAAUAUAAUAUACCUUCCUCAUGGGUGAGAAACGUUGUGAAAACUUGUUUCAUUCUUUCUUCAAUCGGAAUGAUUUAAACAUGAAGUUCGGUCUAUCAAGGCAUGCUCUGAAUAGCUGCCAUAGAGAAGUACUUGAAUUCUUGAAUACCAAAUCUUUAUUGUUUGCUGACUACGCAGAUUUAUCACGCGCUGAAAACACAGGUUUUCCAAGUAUCAAUGCCUUUGGGAAAUUCACCUGCCUAGGCUUUCGUGGGGUCUGCUUACACCUGUGUCCUCACUGAAGCUAGAUUCCUAACAGAAUUCUAGAAAAAGGGAAGAGCGGGUAGAAGGCAAGCAAGGAGCAGUUUCUUACGGCCUAAACUUUGCACACCAAGACCAGCUACGACAUUUACAGCGGCUUUAAGUUACAGUCCUCGGUAGGUGCAGAUUGGCUUCCCAAUGAAACCUGGCCUUCACUCUCAUCUAAGGGUUACUUUUUCAAAAGAAGCCGCUUUUCCUCCUCCCAAUUUCCUAAGGCACCCGCCCGGCAAAGCACCAAACAGGGAGGAUACAGGGCGGGAAACAGGACACGUGUGAUCUCCGAACUCUUCCCGGCGGGCUCCGGGCCCCGGCGAACCCAGCCCCGCGGAGGAACCGCGGCCGCCACCCCCAAAGAAGGCCUGGCGCGCGUUCCUCGCCCACGUGCACACCGCACGCGCCCGCUCAAAGUUCUAGGGCGGCGGUCCAGCUCUGGGACCUUGGACCGUGCGAGCUCCCGCCCCGACGGCGGGGGUCAGGAGCGUGGUGGCCGGGACCUGUCCCCGCCCGCUGUUCCGUGCACCUCCGCCCCAAUGCGCGCGCCGCCUCCCGGACCACCGUGGCAGAAGCUGCACGGAGACCGGAAGCCAAAAUGGUGACGCUCCACCCGUUUCCUCUCGCGAGAGGCGGGGAAGGAAAAAGUUGAGCGAGAGACAAGCACGUAGCCAGUGAGAGUUACGGGAGUGCCUGAUUGGCGGCCCUCGCGGCGCCUGCAGGCCACGCCCCGGCUGCGGAGGCUCAGUCACCGCCUUCCCUUCCCACCCCUCCACUCCCUGCUUAGUUCUGUUCCCGUCUGAGGUGGCGGCCGGUCUGCCUUCGUCGCCAGCUCCAUUUUCCUGUCCUCUCUCUUCCUCUUUCCCUCGCGCCCGAGAGCGCUUCCAGCCUCGGAGGGUGGUCCCGGAGCUCCUGCGCCUUCUCCUUUCUCGGGUCCUGCGUCCGCGCCUGCCCCGCCAUGAAUGAGGAGUACGACGUGAUCGUGCUGGGCACCGGCCUGACGGAAUGUAUCUUGUCUGGUAUAAUGUCAGUGAAUGGCAAGAAAGUUCUUCAUAUGGAUCAAAACCCUUACUAUGGAGGAGAGAGUGCGUCUAUAACACCACUGGAAGAUUUAUACAAAAGAUUUAAAAUACCGGGAUCACCACCAGAGUCAAUGGGGAGAGGAAGAGACUGGAAUGUUGACUUGAUUCCCAAGUUCCUUAUGGCUAAUGGUCAGCUGGUUAAGAUGCUGCUUUAUACAGAGGUAACUCGCUAUCUGGAUUUUAAAGUGACUGAAGGAAGCUUUGUCUAUAAGGGUGGAAAAAUCUACAAGGUUCCUUCCACUGAAGCAGAAGCCCUGGCAUCUAGUUUAAUGGGACUGUUUGAAAAACGUCGCUUCAGGAAAUUCCUUGUGUAUGUUGCCAACUUCGAUGAAAAAGAUCCGAGAACUUUUGAAGGCAUUGAUCCUAUGAAGACCACAAUGCGAGAGGUGUAUAAGAAAUUUGAUUUGGGCCAAGAUGUUAUAGAUUUUACAGGUCAUGCUCUUGCACUUUACAGAACUGAUGACUACUUAGAUCAACCAUGUUGUGAAACCAUUAAUAGAAUUAAACUUUAUAGUGAGUCUUUGGCAAGAUAUGGCAAAAGCCCGUACCUUUAUCCGCUCUAUGGCCUUGGAGAACUGCCCCAAGGAUUUGCAAGGCUAAGUGCUAUUUAUGGAGGUACCUAUAUGCUGAAUAAACCCAUUGAAGAAAUCAUUGUGCAGAAUGGAAAAGUAAUUGGUGUAAAAUCUGAAGGAGAAAUUGCUCGCUGUAAGCAGCUCAUCUGUGAUCCCAGCUAUGUAAAAGAUCGGGUAGAAAAAGUGGGCCAGGUGAUCAGAGUUAUUUGCAUCCUCAGCCACCCCAUCAAGAACACCAAUGAUGCCAACUCCUGCCAGAUCAUUAUUCCACAGAACCAAGUCAAUCGAAAGUCAGAUAUCUAUGUCUGCAUGAUCUCCUCUGCGCACAAUGUGGCGGCACAAGGGAAGUAUAUCGCCAUAGUUAGUACCACUGUGGAAACCAAGGAGCCUGAAAAGGAAAUCAGACCAGCUUUGGAGCUCUUGGAACCAAUUGAACAGAAAUUUAUUAGCAUCAGCGACCUCCUGGUACCAAAAGACUUGGGAACAGAAAGCCAGAUCUUUAUUUCCCGCACAUAUGAUGCUACCACUCAUUUCGAGACAACAUGUGAUGACAUUAAAAACAUCUAUAAGAGGAUGACAGGAUCAGAGUUUGACUUUGAGGAAAUGAAGCGCAAGAAAAACGACAUCUAUGGGGAAGACUAACAGCAGUACAUGUUAUUAUCCAGUUAGGACAAAUUUACAAUGCGGCAAAUAAUGCAUAUGAUAUGAAAUCAGUAUUGUAAGGCCUGCUUUUGUAAUCAAAGUGGAGAAUGAAGAGCGCUGUGCCAGUAAAUACUCCCCCCCCCUCCAUCUUUCUAAUAUUAUGUAUUAACUUGUUUUUGUGGAGUGGCUAUUCAGAAUUGGCAGUUACCAUAUUCUGUUCAAUUAACCAAACUGGCUUUCUUUUUUCUAGUGGAGGAUCAGUUGUAAACAUUGGGAUACUGAUACUGAGACAGUAUUUGUAUGUUUAAUCAGUGUAGCCUUUGCAGUUACGUGCUGCUGCUCAAGAGCUGGAUCCAUACAGGUUGUGUGCCAUCUGUCCUCUUGACAUUGAGGAGAUUCCAAAUUGAAUAUUCCACGGUUUGGGACGGCAUCCAGAAGUUUUCCCUAUGACUUUAUAUUUUGUAUUAUGUCAAGUGUUAUGGCAGGGUCCAAAUAGCAUAGCCACAAAUUUGGUUUACCUGGGCAUAAUAUUCUAACCAAACUCCAGACAUAGGGAGUCAUGUGGAGAAAGCCCGAAUGUGGUGUUUCGAUCUAAUAAAGUUGAUGAGGGAAAAGGGGAGAGGAAGCGAACAUAAAGCGGGUACAGUGUAGAGAGCAUCUUUUGUCUCAGGCGUGGCUUCAUCAAUGGACCAAGCUGCAAUGCAGUAUCGACUUGACAGAGCCUCUACUUCUGUCUCAAAAUGGCUCCAAAUGAUUUCUGUACUGCAAAAUAAAGCCAAAUUCUGGAAACCA